AAACAUGGCUUACCGUUGACUCUCUUAACAACCAUCCUUCUUUUCAAAGUGGACACCUAGUUUCUGAGGCAAAGAUGUACUCGCCACGUGUCGGCGACAAGCUGGACAGCUUGGACACGCCCUCUAUGAUCGUCGACCUCGAUCUCAUGGAGGCCAAUAUGCAGAAGCUGUUUGGGAAACUCCUACCCAGCGGCUGCAACAUCCGACCUCAUCUGAAAACGACCAAAAGCGCCAUAAUAGCACGCAAGCUCGCCGCUGCAGGGGCUAAAGGAUGCUGCGUGGCCAAAGUGUCAGAAGCCGAAGUUAUCGCCGCUGCAGGGUUUGACGAUAUACUCAUCACCUCGGAGAUCAUCGGAGCAACCAAGGUGAAGAGGUUGGUCGAGCUCUUCAAGAAGCACAAGGACAUCCGCAUUGUAGUGGACAGCGAGGUGGGGGCGUCUGCAAUCAACGACAAGCUCGCUGAAUCAGGCACCAUUGAGCCCAUCUCAGUGCUGAUCGACCUCGACGUCGGCCUUCGACGCACAGGCGUGGACGCGGGGCCACCAGCGCUGGCUCUGGCGAAGCACAUCCGCACUCUUAAACACCUCCGUUUGAUCGGCGUUCAAGGAUACGAAGGCCACCUUCAGCACCUGCACGAUAAAGAAGAUCGAAAAAGGCGGUGUCUUGCAUCCAUGAAAACGUUGGUGGACACGGUCAAGGAGCUUCGCGAAUCGGCUUUCGAUAUUCAGGUGGUGACCACCGGAGGAACGGGCACUGCCGAAUUCUGCGCCACGGUGCCCGGCGUGACAGAAUUGCAACCAGGCUCCUUUAUAUUUAUGGAUACCGACUACCGCAACGCCGUGGGGACGUUCUACUCAAACAGCCUUACCAUAUUAUCGACCGUCAUCAGUAAGCAAGGUCAAUACCAAGCCACCAUCGAUGCUGGACUCAAGUCUUUGACCACAGACAGCGGCUUAGCUGAGUGUAAGGAUCCCAGGUAUGAGCAUCGAAAUCUCGGGGAUGAACACGGCUCGUUGAGAUGGGAGGAGGGAACUCCGGCCCUGGAGGUGGGUGAUCGAAUUGAAAUGAUUCCAAGCCAUAUCGACCCGACGAUUAAUCUCCAUGACUUUUACUAUGCUCACCGCCGAGGAGUCAUCGAGGAGAUCUGGCCCGUCGACUCGCGAGGCAAGGUUCAAUAGCUGACGCUCCAAUCCCCGUACUUGGUGGGAAGAAGGAGAUUAAGGCGUUUUACAACAUCUAACGCGAGAAUAUUUGCGUUUCACACUUCGAGUGGAGCAAGUUUGGUCGUCUCUCAAGCUGGACGCGAUACCUGCGAGCCAGUAACGAAGUGUAUCUAUCAAACCCACCCGCAAUCCACAGAGGUCUGGUCACGAGAGAACGGGCAUAACGUGGCCAAACUCGUCAAGAACCUGCUCUCAGUCCCGGGUGGUGGCCCGGUGGCUCGCCAAUCACCGCCAUGAGAAAACUUACUCUGUCGCCGUGCGUUGUUUCAUUUGACAGAGGUACACAAUUAUUUCUUGUUUACGAAGCCGCGGGGUGAUGCGUGGUGGGUGAUACAGGAUCGCAAUACACGGCCAUAUUUCAUAUUUCACCAGUGUGGUAAUAUCUGCGCGAUGCUAAAAGUUUCAUACACUUCAAGUGGCAUUGCUCUCAAGCCCAGGAAAACUUCAAUGAUCAUGUACCCUCUUG